AUGGAAUCAUCAUCUGAGGUCAAAAGAUCAACCCACGUCAUCAAUGUACAAGCAAAUGAAACUGUAUUGACUGCACUUCCCUAUGGACCUCAUAGUUCUCUGCUGGAAUUCCUGAAGGGAGAGCCAAAAGUCUUGGGGGCUGCCCAGGUCCUGCUUGCCCUGAUCACUGCCGGCAUCGGAGUUAUAUUUGCGUUCAAUUACUUCAGCUUCGCCCAAAGAUUCCCCCUGGUUUUCUUGACAGGAUAUCCAUUUUGGGGAGCAUUUAUUUUUACUAUUACAGGGUACCUCACAGGCGCCAACAGUAAUGACAAGUGCAUGGGACAAGGUGUCAUGAGCCUGAAUCUCAUCAGUUCCGUGGUCGCGGUGGCUGGAAUCUUUCUCACCAUCAUCAGCUACAGAUACCAACACAGAUACUGCCAGGGGCCUUCCCUUGAAGGAAUAUGUGUGAUAAGUAGAGUCCUUUACAAUAUUGUGUUUUUCUUGCCUUCGGAUGUUACUCAAGAGAGUGAACUAUCUGUUCCUGAUGAAAAUGCUGUCAUACAAUUUGAGCUACAAGAAGAGUCUACAAGUGAUGACUCAACGACAAACAUAAAACCUGUUUUCUUUGGAGGCUAUUCAUUCUUCAAGUUAAGAGUCACAAAAAAUCAGUUUACCUUCCAACAUGCAGGCAGGAGAGGCAGCAAUAGUUUCAACACAUCUUCUCUGUUUAUGGCAGAUGAACAACAGAAAUACAUCCCUCAAACUUUAAGCCUUUAUGGGGAAGAAGUGGAGGUGAAACAUUUGCCUCCCGUCCUAGAGAAAAAGCCCUCAGAAACCAUGGUGAAUUCUGAACCACUGAAUGAUGAAGACCUACGAGCUGCUAUCACACAAUCCCCAGAAGAGAAAACUCCAUUGUUGCAGGACCAAGCCUCCAAACCCCAACUUUCUCCAUCUUAUUCUGUAAAAAGUGUCCAUGAUUUACCACCCCAAGACUUGCCAUCCCAAGCUUCGAGAGCUGAAACUUCGCCAGAACAAGACUUGCUCUCUGAAGCGUCAACAUCUCAUGUCACAGAGUCCCAUGGAACUACAUCCCAAGACAAGCAAUCCCAGGGGAUACCACCACAAAAUACACAGUCCCAUGACAUGCUAUCUGACUACCUACCGUCCCCAGACAUGCCUGCCCAAGACCUCCCUUUCCAAAGACAAGCCCUGCCAUUACAAGCCAUACCAUUUGGAGCCACCUCAUUCCUGUCUGUGCGGUCCUCUGAUAUGCAACACCUAGAUCAACAGUCUCUGGAUUUUCAACUACAGAAUGUCCAAUCUCAAGAACAGAGAGCUGUGCAUUUAUUAUAUCAAGACAUUAAAUCGGAAGUCAUGUUAAUGACCGAAGAAUGGAAACCUGAGGAGGGACUUCAGAGCAGGAGACCAUCAAAGCAGCAUUCCCAACUACAGCAAAGCAAAGGCUGUCCAUGUGCAAAACAGAAGCCCCUUGACAUGGACACUCAAGACCAACCGUCUCCAAGGAGGAGCUCCCUAGACAAGCACAUCAAAAGCUGGCUGUCUCCAAAAAAGCAGUAUCUAGAUAAGGAAAUUCAAGUUAGUCAAACCAUACUGCAACUCCCAGAUCAGCAAGCUGAGAACCUGCGAAUCCAAGAGGAGAAACCCCCAAGACAGCUAUACCAAGAUAUGCAAAUCCAGGAAUACCAUGACUGGCAGUCUCCAGACAGGAAAGUCCAAACCUGGCAAUCUUUAGGCCAACAAUCCCAAGAAUGGAGAACUCAAGACUGGAAAAGUAGAGAAUGGGAAAAACGAGAACGGCAACUUGAAAUGCAGCAUUCCCAAAAUUGGGACUUCCAGACCUGGCAAACCCGAGAUCUACAAGUGAAAGAAUCCCGAAAGCAGAGAUCUCUAUUCCAAGAAACCCAGACUCUGUAUGCCACUAUUCCAUCUGACCCAGAUGAACAAUCCCAAGAUGUUCUACAAGACAGUCAGCACCAAGAUAAAGACCAACAAGACCUUCAAUCCACAGGAAUCCAAAAAGAAGUUAUGGAAACAGAUGCUGUGCAAACAAGGGACAUCAAAUCAGAGGAUCUGAGUUGUGGAAAAAGCCAGACUCCAAGUGACGUGCAAUCAGAAGAUGCGAAGUCAGAUUUUAACUGUUUCUCCUACCAAAGCUCAGUACAGGAACUUCAGUCCACAGGAAGUCAAAAACAAGAUGUGGAAACAGAUGCUGUGCAAACAAGGGACAUCAAAUCAGAGGAUAUGAGUUGCAGAAUAAGUCAAAGCCCAACUGACCUGCAAUCAGAAGACAUAAAACCAGAUUCUAACUGUUCUUCCUACCAAAGCUCAGUACAAGACACAUAUCAUGCUUAUAUGUCUGAUAAAAAUUCAGGACAAGAUGUGAAACAAGACACAUCAAGUUGCUCAGCUGUAAGCAAAGGAGACCCGCCUUUAGCUUCUGCCUCCUGUGACUCAAAAGAAAGACAGCAAUCUGAAGACUCGGGCUAA